AGGCGCGGAGGGAGGGGCAGUACCGGAGCCUCGGCGGGAACCCCGGGAGCGGGCGGGGACCCGGGAGCCCAGUUCUACUUCUUCUCUACUUCUUCCCCGCUGCAAGUCUGAGGAGGGAAGGAGUAGAACUUCCCCCUUCCCUCCCCUAGGCUUCGGCGGCUGAGUGACGCCAGGAUUCCUGGCCAGGACCCGCGGCGGCCGCGCAACUGGCCGAGCGAGCGGAGGAGGCGGCGGCGCGCCCAGCAUGGCCGGAACCACUCUCUUAGCUUGGCCGCCGCUGCUGCUGUCCCUGCUGUCGCUGUUCUGGGCGUCCUCGGGAGCCGGGAUCAGGACAAUCGGAGUGCUGGCCCCAGCCCAGGUGCGCGGCUUUCUGGGCGACACCACGGAGCUGCCGUGCCAACUGCAGCCGCUGGAGCACAAUGUGACGGUGACGCAGGUGACCUGGACUCGGCAGAAGCUGGCGGAGGCCGCCCGCAGCGUGGCGGUCUUCCACCCCACCCAGGGCCCCAGCUUCCCGGAGCCCGGCCGGUUGGAGUUCGUGGCCGCCAGGCCAGGCGAGGAGCUGCGAGACGCAUCGCUGGCCGUGCGGGGGUUGCGCGCCGAAGAUGAAGGCAAUUACACCUGCCAGUUCGCCACGUUCCCCAACGGCGACAGGAGCGCCCGAACCUGGCUCCGGGUGCUCGCCCAGCCCCAGAACAAGGCUGAGACCCAGGAGAUCCCGCUCAGCCAGCUCAGCCUGGAGCCUGUGCCCGUGGCCCACUGCAUCUCCAGGGGGGGUCGCCCACCCGCCCGCAUCUCCUGGUCCCCGCCCCUGGACAAGAUGGCGAAUACAAGCCAGGAGCCAGGGCCCCUGCCCGGCACUGUCACCGUCAUCAGUCUCUUAACCUUGAUGCCCUCCAGCCAUGUGGAUGGCAAGAAUGUCACUUGCAGAGUGGAGCACGAGAGCUUCGAGGAGCCGGUGGCGCUGCCCAUGACCCUCACCGUGCCCUACCCCCCCGAGGUCUCCAUAUCCGGCUAUGACGGCAACUGGUACAUCGGCCGUAGCGAGGCCUUCCUGAACUGUGACGUCCGCAGCAAACCGGAGCCCACAGGUUAUAACUGGAACACGACCAUGGGACCCCUGCCACCCUCUGCUGUGGCCCAGGGCGCCCGGCUCCUGAUCCAUACCGUGGACGAGUCCAUCAACACGACUUUCAUCUGCCUUGUCACCAACGCCCUAGGGACUGGCCAGGCAGAAGUGACCGUCCUGGUCACAGGACUUCCCAGAGAGCCGUCACAUUCGGGCUUGUCCUCUAAGAUCAUUAUCAUCAUCCUGACUUUCACUAUCAUACCGGUUGGUCUACUCCUGAUUUAUUUCUGGAAAUCCAGAAACUCCUGUUGGAACCAGCACAGUUCGUCUGCUAAUGGGAAUGUCAUCUAUUCAGCUGUUGGCUGUAAUGCCAGCUCUCCCCGGGAUCCACCGACAGAGGGCACCAGGUGACAGCAUCGGGAAUGAACAGAGAGAGUCGUCACUGGGGCUGGUGAGGAAGCGGGCCUCGCAGCUGGACAGCCACCCCACCUCAACGGAUGACGUCUCCCUCCAAAGAGACUGGCCACCCUUCCCUUGCCAGACCUCAAGAAUGUCCCCUCUGCCUCACAACACAGUGGGCGGGUGCAAGCUCAGGGGUCCUCAAGACCAACCCUUAGGUUGAGUCAUUCACCAUAAGGAGUCACAGAACUCAGGAAAGCUGUUUACACACGGUUACGGUUUACUACACUGCAAGUGGGACAGACAGAACUGUCUGUUGGAGAAAAUACCUUAGGGAGAUAGAGACCCUGGGCCAGAAUGCAGGGCAUGAGCCACUCUGCAAGGGAAAGUGAGAAGGAUCUGGGCUCCUCUCUAGGCAGACGGGAGAAUGCAGAACAGAGAAGGACGGGAAAGAGAUGCGACCCAGCAGCAUGGGAGUGGUAAGGGGGUGACAAGGCCAGUGGGGCUCCACAGUGUCAGGGACACAAAGGGAGAUCAGUUGCCUUGCUGCCACAUAAACCCCUUGUCCGUCCCCAGCCCCCAAACACCUCAUUAAAGUUUAUUUAUUACACCUCGA